GGCGUGGUCCGGGGGCCCUGGGGUUGGCGUCCGUUGUGGCAACGGCCUCUUGUCCACUCAUAAAUCUCCCAACUUUAUCUUAGCUUCACUAUCCUAGUUAUUUCAACUAUACUUGAAUACCCGGCCGUAGGUACCUACGGUACGGUCCGUACCUACGGUAGGUCCGUAGGUACCGUACCAUAGGUAGGUACCGUAGGUACCUGCGGCACCGAUCUGGACCUGCUGCAGCACGGCAAAGGAGAGCGGGGCCUUUUCGUUCGCUUGAUGGACGACCGGGCCCUCAUCGACGAGUAUCGCGCCUGGUGCGCGGCGCACCUCCACCCGCGGCGCGGCGCGACCCUCGUCCGCGCGCUCGAGGACGUCGUCAGCGCCGAGCUGAAGCGCGGCGACCCGUCGCGCCUCGUCGAACGCAUGCGCGCCGGCGCGCUCGACCAGGCGGCGAUCGCGGCCGUCGUGGAGCGGCGCGGCCCCGCCACGGUGCUGGGGCAGCGCGACGCGCGGCGCUACGGGUCGCACCGCGCCGUCGAGCUCGCGCUGCGCCACUUCGUCGCGUGCGCGCAGCUGCGCCGCGCGCGGCCGGGCCGGCGCGCGGUCUCGGCCGAGGAGCUCGCGUUCUUCGACGACGGGGACGGCGCGGAGGCGGCCGCGGCGGCGCCCGGGUCGCCGGCGCCGGCGGCGCCGGCCGGGCCGCAGCCCUUCCGCGACGCCUUCGACGAGGCCCAGUACGUCCUCGAGGAGGCCGUCGCGGCCGGCGCGGAAACCCCGCCGCCGACGGGCGCGCGCCCCCACCGCGCCGCGCCGCGCAGGUCGCGGAGCACGUCCACGCGCGCCCGACGGCGCCCGCCGAGCUCGCGCGCGCGAUCGGCGACGCCGCCGCCCUCGCCGCGACGCUGCGCGGCGCCCGGCUCGCGCCCGCGCGCGCGCGCCUGCGCGAGGUCCUCGCCCGGUACGACUGCACGGCGGCGACGCUCGCGGGCGGGUCGCUCGAGGCCUUCGUCGCGGCGCGCGUCGAGGGCGGGCGCUUCGCGCUCGCGGGCCGCGCCGGCCAGCGCCACCGGCCGCUCGUCGUCGCGCGCGAGGCCUUCGACGGCUUCCCCGCGCCCCGCGACGCGGCCGGCGCGGCGCUGGUCGACGGCGCGGUCGCCGAGCUCGUGGCCGCGGCGGACGACUGCCGCGUCGGCGACUGCGCGCGCGCGCGGCGUCCCCCCCGCCGCCGCGGCGACCGCGCACGACGACCCGACGCCGCGCAGGUCGCCUUCGUCGAGCGCCUCCUCGCGGGCGGCGGCGGCGGCGGCGGGCCGCGCGCGGCGCUCGCGCGGCGCUGGGUCCGCGACCGCGGGCCGCCCGUCGACUGGCGCGUCCUCGGCGCGCCGCCCGCGGAGCGCGUCCGGCGGCACGCCAAGCUCGCGUGCGACGGGAACGACCUCUCGGCCGCCGCGCGCGUCGUCCCCCGCCCCGCGGGCCCGGGCCCGUCCGCGUCCGUCUGGGGCGACGAGGGCUUCGCGGACGCGCACUCGCACCCGGCUCGACCGGGAUCGCCGGACGGGCACGGCGACGCGGACGGCUUCCCGCCGACGCCCUACGACGCGCUGCAGCGCCGCGUCGAGGAGGCCGCCGCGGAGAGGCUGGAAGCGGAGCGCCACGCGCGCCUGCCGCUCCACCUCCUGACGCGCGCGCUCGCGUCGGCGGAUGCCCUCGAGGCGGCCGGCGGCGCGCGGCGGGCCGCGCUCGCGGCGGAGUUCCGGCGGCACGGCGCGGCGCGCCUCGCCGACCUGACGUCCGGCGCGCGCGCCGCGUCCCCGUCGCGUGUCGCGCGCGGCGCGCGAGAGACGCGCGCCCGGCCGCCGCAGGCGAGGACCUCGCGGCCUUCCUCGCCGCGCGCCACGACCGGUUCGAGGUCGACGUGGCGCAGAACGUCACGCUCCGGGGCGGCCACGCGCCGCAGACGUGGCGGCGCGACGCCGAGGCCCGCGCCGACGCGCGGCUCGCGCGGCUCCUGGAGCGGGGGCCCGUGGCGAUCCAGCGGCUGUGCGAGGACGCCGCGGACCUGCGGGACGCGUUGCAGGGGUCGCUGCCGUCGUACGUGCGCAACUGCGGCCGGUACGCCGUCGAGAGGCGCUGGGACGGGCGCGCGCGCGUGGCGCCGCGGCGCGAGGACCGGUACGCGGCGCUCCAGCGCGUGGUCGAGGGGGCGGUCGCGAGCGUCUGCGAGGCCGUGGGGCUCGCGCCGACGGCCGCGCACGUCGAGGACGUCGUCGGGUCGCGGUCGAAGCUCGACCGGUUCCUGGAGCGGGGCGGCGCGCGGGCGCCGCCGGCGCUGCGGGCGCUGGCGGACGCCUACCGGGACCGGGACGUCGCGUCGAUCCGGAGCCUGUGCUCGGGCUGCCCGUUCCGCGACUGGCUCAACCGGAGGCACGGCCCGUUCCGGACGGACGCCGCGGGCGUCGUCCAGCGGCGGGCGCCGGAGCGCCGGGACGACGCCAUGGAGACGGCCGUGGCGCUGGCGUGCGCCGAGCUCCUGCCCGCGGGGCACGCGCGUCGGCCGCGUCCCGCGCGCGCGCCGUCGACGCAGACGCGACCGCCGCGCGCAGGCGUCGACCGUCGGCGCGCUCGACGCGAACCUGCGGGCCGCGCUGCAGUCCGGCAGCAUCAACGGCGCGCCGCUCGGCCCGCGCUGCCGGCGGUUGGUGGACGCGGCCCGGCGACGGAGUUUCGCGACGGCCCUGGAGUGCUGCGGCCGGCCGCUCGGCGAGUUCCUGAGGCUGUGGUGCGACCGCUUCGACGUGGACGCCGACAACUUCGGGGCCGGCUCCGGCGUGCGGCAGCGGUCCGGGGACGACGAGGAACCCCGGCGAUCGGACGGCGCCCGGCGGCGGUCGCGCUCGCCGCGGCGGCGCUCGCGCUCGCGCUCGCGCUCGCGCUCGCGCUCGCGCUCGCGGCGGCGGCGCCGGUCGCCGUCGCCGCGUGGGGGGUACGACUGGCCGCGCGCGCGCGGCUACGACCGCCCCCGCGCGCGGCCGCCGGCGCCGGCGCCGCGCGGCUACGACCGGCCCCGCGCGCGGCCGCCGGCGCCGGCGUCGCCGCGCGGGCGGGCCCCGUCGCCGCAAGGCUACGUCCGGCCGGGGUCCAUGGCCGCGUCGGCGUACUGCUUCCAGUGCGGCAGCGCGGAGCACGCCUCCUGGGCCUGCACGGUGCGGCCCGCGCGGGCGCACAAGAUCCUGUGCAGCCACAUGCUCGACGCGGGCCGGUGCCCCUUCGGCAGCAAGUGCAACUUCGCGCACGAUGCGGUGCCGCCCCAUUUGCGGGGGACGGCCGCGGGAAGGGCGGUGGCGGCGGCCAUGCCGGGGAAGCGCUACGCCGCGCCGCCGCCGGCGAGCGCUGGCUGGGGGUCGCCCCCCGCGCAGCCGCCCGCACAGAGCGGCUGGGGCGCGCCGCCCGCGCCGGCGCCGACGGGCUGGGGCGCGCCGGCCCCCGAAGCCUACCGGCGGGCGCCGGUCCGGAAGGCCUGGGCGCCGUCCGCCGCGCCCGCGCCCGCGCCCGCGUCGGACCUCGACGCGCUCCUGUGA